AUGAGAAAUUUGAGUGAAGGUCACGUAACAGAGUUUGUUCUGGUGGGUUUCCCUACCUCUCCACCCCUCCAGCUGCUCCUCUUUGCCCUCUUCCUUGCAAUCUACCUGUUGACAGUGCUGGAGAAUGCGCUCAUUGUUUCUACAAUAUGGCUCACACCCAGCCUCCAUCGUCCAAUGUACUUUUUCCUUAGCCAUCUCUCCUUCCUGGAGCUAUGGUACAUUAAUGUCACAGUUCCCCGACUCCUGGGAGCCUUUUUUACGCAGGACCGUAAGAUCUCCUAUAUAGGCUGCAUGACCCAACUCUACUUCUUCAUUGCUCUAGCUUGCACUGAAUGUGUCCUGUUGGCCGUCAUGGCAUAUGACCGCUACAUGGCCAUUUGUGAACCCCUCCGUUACCCUACUCUCAUGCCUUCCAGCCUGGCCACUCGUCUUGCUGUGUCUUCUUGGGGCAGUGGUUUCUUCAGCUCUAUGAUGAAGCUUCUUUUCAUUUCCAGACUGUCCUACUGUGGCCCCAACAUCAUCAACCACUUUUUCUGUGAUAUCUCCCCACUACUUAACCUCACCUGCUCUGACAAAGAGCAAGCAGAACUAGUAGACUUCCUCUUGGCCCUGGUGAUGAUUCUGCUCCCUCUGCUGGGGGUAGUCUCAUCCUAUGCUGCCAUUAUUGUAACCAUCCUGCGAAUUCCCACUGCUCAGGGGCGCCGCAAAGCUUUCUCCACAUGUGGCUCUCACCUGGCCGUGGUCAUCAUAUACUACUCCUCCACCCUCUUUACUUACGCAAGGCCCCGGGCUAUGUAUACCUUCAACUACAACAAGAUCAUCUCUGUGCUCUACACCGUCAUUGUGCCCUUCCUCAAUCCAGCCAUCUACUGCCUGAGGAACAAGGAGGUGAAGGAUGCCCUCAGGAAGGCGGUGCUGGGAAGAUGCCUCUAUCCCAGGGAUGUCCCAGACUGA